AUGGCGUCGGUGCGUGAAGAAGAACCUAACCUGGCGCUAGCGUGCGUUACGGACCGUGAGCGGGACCGUGGUGGAGGCUGUGGGACAAACGCUAGGGGUGGCGGUGCGAAGGUGGCCAAGUGUGUGGCCGUGCGAAGCCAGACUCCCGGCCCGGGGGGUGUGAUUCGAUUAUCCUCCGGCAGGCGAAGAUGCAAAAGAAAAGAUCGUGAGCCGGUGCGGUCGGCUGCGUGCGAUUCGGACAGUCGGGCCGGAAAAGCCCUCCGAUCGUAUCGCAAGCAGGCUGCCGAGCAGGAUCCAUGUCAAAGCCCCGGUAAUCACAUUAAAAGCCCUAAUCACUCGAACAAUAACGACGCCGGACUGACUGAACGCAACAGCAACAACAACCUCGGUCUCGAUCCGCACGGGUCGGAGGGAUUAAAUCUGGACAAUACAUACAGCAACUGCCAUCACCAGCGGACGUCGCGGCGGCAACCACUGCCUGGCGGGCGGGAAGCUGCUCCCGGGACGGCACCCUUGCCGGCACCGACACCGACCUUCGGUCUGCCAAAGAUGCUGGGCACCGCCACGGUGGGCACGGUAAGGUUGCCCAAACUGAUACUGCUCGGUCUGCUGGUGGCCCACCUCGGCUGUUCGAGCUGUUCCGGGUUCGUGCUCGACGGUUCGCAGAACAGCUUUGCCCAGUUCCGCAAAUGGUACACCGGGCUGAACGGAUCGCUCGAGCUGGAGUUUAAGACGGAACAACCGAACGGACUGGUCCUGUACACGGACGACGGUGGCACGUUCGAUUUCUUCGAGCUAAAGCUGGUCGAGGGUGCCCUCCGUUUGCGAUACAAUCUCGGUGGCGGCGCACAAAUCAUUACCGUCGGCCGGGACUUGCACGAUGGUCACUGGCACAAAGUUCAGGUGUUGCGGAACGAUGAACACACAACGCUCACCGUGGACGGUGUCUCGCAGAGUCGCAGCUCCCGAGGGAAGGAGUUCCUGUUUGGCAAGUUUGCCACCAACUCGGACGUCUUCGUCGGCGGUAUGCCGAACUGGUACAACACCAAACUGGCCCUACUGGCGCUCCCGAGUGUCAUCUUCGAGCCGCGGUUCCGCGGCUCGGUCCGGAACCUGGUGUACUCCGAUCAGCCGGGCGUUUCACCACGGCGGCAGGAGAUGCGUCAACCGCGGGACAUCAAGUGCGGCGAUUCACCGUGCGACUUGACGGCGAUGCCACGCGAAAAGGUGACCCGGCAACUACGAAGCAACGUCACGGAUGCGUGCGAGCGCCACGACCCCUGCCAGCACGGCGGCAUCUGCAUAUCAACCGAUUCCGGGCCGAUCUGCGAGUGCCGGAACCUGGAAUACGAAGGAACGUACUGCGAGCGCGAUAAGGCACCAUCGGAGGCAACGUUCCGUGGGACGGAGUUCCUCUCGUACGACCUGGGACAGACGGGCGGCGAACCGAUCGUUAGCGCUCAGGAUGCCAUCACGUUGUACUUUCGCACACGCCAGCCCAAUGGACUGCUCUUCUACACCGGACACGGAACCGACUACCUGAAUCUGGCGCUCCGCGAUGGCGGUGUGUCGCUGACGAUGGGCCUUUCAAACGGCAAGCAGGAGAUGCACAUCAAGCCCUCCCGCGUGCGCUUCGACGACCACCAGUGGCACAAGGUUACGGUUCAUCGACGAAUCCAGGAGAUCUCAUCGAUAACGAGCUUCUGUCGGCUAGUAGCCGUUGUGGACGAUGUGUACACCGACCAUUCGCACAUUGCCGGCAAGUUCACGAUGCUGUCGUCAUCGCGGGUCUACGUGGGGGGUGCCGUGAACCCUCGGGCUCUUCUGGGGGCCCGUGUGCACAACAACUUUGUCGGAUGCCUCCGGAAGGUUGAGUUUUCGGCCGAUACACUGCGCCUGAAUCUGAUCGACUUGGCGCGGACCGGCUCGAAGCUGAUACAGGUGGCCGGGCGCGUCGAUUACACGUGCCCCUCCGGUGACCCGCAGGACCCCGUGACGUUCACCACCCGAGAAUCCUACCUGCUGCUUCCACCGUGGGACGCGUCGAAGCAGGGCAUCCUGUCGUUCAAGUUCCGCACAAACGAACCGAAUGGAUUGAUCAUCCUCAACACAAUGACGCGCGCUCCAAAGAGUAACUUCUUCGCGGUGGAACUGCUGAACGGGCACAUCUACAUCCACAUGGACCUGGGCACGGGCGCGGUGAAGGUGCGGGCCUCGAGACGUCGCGUGGACGACGGCGUUUGGCACGAGCUGUCGGUGCGCCGGAGUGGCCGCGAGGGCAAGGUCGGAGUCGACGGCCAGUGGAACGACUUCCGGACGCCGGGCGAAGCGUCCCAGAUGCAGCUCGACAGCCCGAUGUACAUCGGCGGCAUUGGGCCACCGUACGCCGAGAUCUACAUUCCGCCGGCCAUCUGGACCGCGACGCUACGCCAAGGGUUCGUCGGGUGUCUGCGCGACCUCACGCUGUCGGGCAAACCGGUCGACAUCGCCCACAUUGCCCGCCAGCAAGACUCCGGAGCCAUCAAGCCCUCGUGCCACGUCAUAGCGAACCAGUGCGGUGGCCAGGUGUCACCCUGCCAGAACGGCGGACAGUGCACCGAAGGGUGGAACCGACCGCUGUGCGACUGCUCGGCAACGCUGUUCACCGGCCCGACGUGUGGCCGCGAGUCGGCCACGCUGGCGUUCAACGGCUCACAGCACAUGGCCAUCUGGAUCGGGGGCAACCUGGGGAGCCGGACGCAGACGGAGGAGCUGGUCAUCCGCUUCAAGACGUCGCGACCCGCCGGUUUGCUGCUGCUCACCAGCGCCGAGUCCAGCUCUUCCGACCGACUCGAGAUAGGACUGGUGGCGGGCCGUGUCCGUGCCAACGUGCGGCUCGGCGAUCGGGAAAAGAACCUACUGGCCGGCCAGGGUGUCUUGAACGACAACAACUGGCACACGGUGAGGUUUUCUCGCCGUGCGUCGAAUCUGCGGCUGCAAGUUGACGGGACACAACCCGUCAGGGGUAUGUUAUCGGAAGCCAUUCUGGGGCGCCACAGCACGCUCGAGGUGAAGUCGAUCCAUCUGGGCGGACUGUUUCACGCGGAGGAAGAAAUCCAGAUGACGGCCGCCAUGCCCAACUUUGUCGGCCAGCUGCAGGGCUUCGUCUACAAUGGCCACCGGUACAUCGACCUGGUGAAAACGCUCGGUCCCGAGCUGUCAUCGCUGCCGACGACCACGUUCAAGCUGACGGCCCGGUUCGUCAACUCACCGCCCGGUUCGCCGUACCUGCCGGCCACGUUCCGCUCGAAGCACUCGUACGUCGGCCUGCCCAUCCUGAAGGCGUACUCGUCCGUGUUCAUCGACUUCCGGUUCAAAACGCUCGAACCGAACGGGCUGCUGUUCUUCAACGGCGGCAAGCGGUCCGACUUCCUCGGGGUGGAGCUCGUCAACGGUCACAUCCACUACGUGUUCGACCUGGGCGACGGGGCGAUUACGCUGCGCGACAAGGCCCGCAUCCACAUGAACGACAAUCGGUGGCACUCGGUCAGCAUCCGGCGGCCCGGCCCGAAGACGCACACCCUGGCCGUGGACGAGUCGAUCGAGAUCUAUACCGCGACCGGCAACAACAUGCACCUGGAGCUGGAAGGAAUCCUGUACGUGGGCGGCGUGUUUAAGGACAUGUACACGCGGCUGCCGGCGAGCAUUGCGUCGCGCUCCGGGUUCGAGGGCUGCAUCGCGUCGGUCGACCUGGCCGACACGUCGCCCAGCCUGACGGAGGACGCCGUCGUUCCGAGCUCGCUGGUGGUGUCCGGCUGCGAAGGGCCAACCAAGUGCAGCCAGAAUGCAUGCGCCAACCGGGGCGUCUGCGUGCAGCAGUGGAACGCCUAUGCCUGCGAGUGUGACAUGACCUCCUUCACCGGUCCCACCUGCUACGAUGAAUCCAUUUCGUACGAGUUCAGCAACAGCAAGGGCCUCAUACAGUACAACUUUCCGCCGGGUCGCCAGCCGGACACGGAGGAGGACAGCAUAGCGCUCGGUUUCGUUACUACCAAGUCCGAUGCCGUGCUGCUGCGCAUCGAGAGCUCGACCACACAGGACUACAUCGAGAUGGAGAUCGUGGAGGGCAACGUGUUCACCGUGUACAACGUGGGCACGCAAGAUCUGCCCCUCGGUGAGGUGGCCGUGAAGGUGAACGACAAUAACUACCACAUCGUGCGCUUCACCCGAACGGGCGCCAACGCUACGCUGCAGAUCGACGAUUACAACGUCCAGACAGUGACGUCGAUCGGGCACCAGUCGACCGUGUUCACCUCGAUGGCCAACAUCCAGGUCGGUGGUAAGAUCGCCCGCAACGGACGGUCGCGCAUCGAGCGCCCGUUCAGCGGGGUCAUCGCCGGUCUGUCCGUCAACCGGUUGCGCGUCCUCGACCUGGCCGCGGAGCGCGAUCCGCACAUCAACGUACGGGGCGACGUACAAUUGGUAACUGGCGUUUUAGAUAGAAAUGACCAAAGAAUGCAGCAGACACCGGCCAGCGGCUACCCGGGCGUGAUGGACGACCUGAUCUUCAGCGGGGCCGGCUCGGGGUGCCGCGGGGACGACGAGGACGAGUGCACGCCCCCGUUCGAGAACGGUUCCGGCGAUGAGCUGAUCACGCCGGUGUACGUGCCGCCGACGAAGCAAACGGCCACCACCGCGUCCGGCGGGCGGGGUCGCGGGAAGCCGGGCGAGAAGCCGGGCUGCGACGAUGAAGACUGUCUGCCCGGUUCCGGGAGCGGCGAGGUGACGGAGGUGGUCACCUCUUCGACGGCCAGAAGCUCGGAGACCAGUCCGGACAUGACGUACACCACCGUCGACUUCGACAGGAAGCCCGGUGGCACGACUUCCCUCACGACCCUGGGCCGGACGCCGGACACCUACUCGCCGUCGUCGUCCCACACGACCAGCGAAAUGGACACGACGAGCGGGACGAGCGGUGGGGCCGGUGGCACGACGGGUGGCGCUUACGGCACCAGCGUCUACGGUGGGGCCCCCGACGGAAGCUACGGUACGACGGUGUCGAUGGGCACGACCGGAUUCGGACCCGGCACCGGCACCACGGCCGGCGGUCGGCCGAUAUUCGGAUCGACGGCGGGCGGCACCACGACGGUCGGGCUGAGCAGCACGUACGGGUCGACCACGCAGCAGCAGCAGCAGCAGCAGCAAACGCCUCCGUCGACCACGACCGAUCGAUCCCGGAACCAGGAGCAGGGCACCACGUUCGGCGCAGGGCAGACGGCGUCAACGGGCGCGGACGAGGACGGGGACGACGGGGCGCACGGGGCACACUUUGGCCCCGCGACCGACUACGGCAACGGGGGCGACGGCGAGGAACCGCCCAGGACGACCGUCCAGCAGACGUACCCCGGGCUGCGGCCCACGCGGGCCCCCGAGGUGCCUCCGAACCCGGAACCGGAGCCACCGUACCCGCCGCACCCGCAACCGCCGUACCCGCCGCCGACGCGCCUCCCUAAGCACAAGGGCGGCCGGAUCAACUCAGAGGCCGAGGAGCGCACGGCCAUGAUCAUCGGCAUCGUGGCCGGGGCACUGAUCGCCGUCAUCCUCGUCAUCCUGCUCGUCCUGUGGAUCAAGUCGAACGGCGAUCGCUCGUACAAGACGGAGCACGACAAGAGCGGCCUGUACGGGCAGGGGCCGAGCGCGGCCCUGCUCGGUGGGUCCCACGGGAACUCGGGCAGCGGUCACCACUACAACCAGCAGUCGCAGGCGGCCCAGCCACCCGCGCACCACCAGCCAGCUUCCGCGCACCACCACCACCAGCAGCAGCAGCCGCAGCACCACCACCAGCCGUCGGCGCCGCCCCACUACAACGUGCACCACUCGAACGGGGGCAGCACGCUGCCGCUGAACGGUUCCCUGCGCCACCACGGCCACCCGGGCAACGGGAUGGGCAGCGGGGGCAGCAUGAGCAUGGGCUACGGCGGGCUGAACGGUAGCGGUAGCGACAAGGGCAGCAUGCAGUCCAGCGGCGGUGGCGGGGGCGCCAGUGGCGGCGGCGCAGGGGGCGGUGGUUCCGGCGGAAUGGCACAGCCGCAGCGCCAGAAGAGCCGCAACUCGAAAGACAUCAAGGAGUGGUACGUCUAA